AUCCACUCGUCAAAUUCUUCCUUCAUUAAUUCAUACACUUUUCUUUUCUUUGUAUCUCCACUAGGAAAUCUGUACUCAAGAAGAAUGGGAGGUGGAAAGGAUAAGCAUGCACAGUAUCCUCCAGGAGGGCAAUAUCCUCCAGGAGGACAGUACCCUCCGGGAGGACAGUUUCCUCCUGGAGGGCAAUAUCCUCCGGGACAGUAUCCUUCGGCACCCGGAGGAUAUCCUCCACAACCCGGGGCCUACCCUCCUCAACAAGGGUAUCCGCCACAAGGUUAUCCUCCGGCACUGGGAUAUCCACCUGCAGGAUAUCCCCCACAAGGGUAUCCACCAGCAGGUUACCCUGGUCAGCCUGCUCCACACCAUGGAGGGCAUGGAAUGAUGGCCGGAGUUGCAGUGGCCGGAGUUGCAGCUGCAGGAGCGGCCGCCUAUGGUGCUCAUCACAUGGGACACGGCGGAGGUCAUUACCCUCCACCGGGUACUGCUCAUUAUGGACAUUAUGAUCAUGGCAAGCAUGGCAAGGGGCAUGGCAAGUUUAAACAUGGCAAGGGGCAUGGCAAAUACAAACAUGGUAAAUUUGGCAACAAUCAUGGAGGCAAAUUCAAGAAGUGGAAGUGACUAACUAGUCAUAGUACUUCAACUUCAUAUGUGACUUCACAUUUUGCUUCUACACUUUUUCGACACAAAUAAAAGUAGUAGUAUGGGUCCUAAUGCCAACAGGCAUGACAAGUGCUUUUAUUUUUUCAAUUUCUCAUUUUUUUUUUUCCUUUAUAAUGGGGCCUUAGCGCAACCAUAAUAGCUUCUCUUGUGUGACCGGCCAGAAGGUCUUACAUAUUCAAGCCUCAUGAAAAUAACCUCUUACAAAGGUGUAAAGUAAGAUUGCAUAUCAUAGAUUCGAUGUAAUCUAGCUCUUUCAGACCUCACGCAUAGCGAGAGCUUUGAGAACAAAGCUAUUUUUUUAUUUUUUUAUAUAAUUUAUUUCCAUCUAUUGCAUUAUUUUCUUAAAUUGAGUGAUCUGCUCUCUGCC